UCAAAGGGAAUUUCAAUUGGGGGUUGUUACGUAAGAACCAAAGCCCUAAUAAGCUGUGUCUUCUUCUCUCUUUAACGCCAUUAUUGAUUCUACCAGAUGAAGUAGGUGGGCUGUUCAGCCGUCAAAUUGACCACAAUGUUGAAUCUGUUUCUGUUCACCACUGGGAGCUGCAUCAAUCCGUCUCAGGAAUAAUUGCAUAGCAUAUGAGGCUGAUGUUUAUAAAUGGAAAGUGAAUUUGUAGGUCGAGUUUUGCGAGCAUAUAAAUUCUUUGCUGGGGAUUGAAAUCUUUUGCAAUGGUAAAAUCCAAAGCCAUCGACUGUCCAAUUAUAUGUUAUCGGCCAAUUGAACCCUCAGACCUUGAAGUUUUGGAGCAAAUUCAUGGUAAUUUGUUUCCGAUCCGGUAUGAGGCGGAGUUUUUUCAUAAUGUUGUUAAUGGGCGUGACAUUGUGGCAUGGGCAGCGGUCGAUCAUAAUAGACCAGAUGGUAGAACUGAUGAGCUUAUUGGAUUUGUGACUGCACGAACUGUUCUGGCUAAAGAAAGUGAGUUAUCUGAUUUACUUCGGCAUGAUUCAUUAACCACGGAUGAAACUCUAGUAUACAUUCUUACACUUGGAGUAGUGGAAAGCUACAGAAACCUUGGGAUAGCUAGUUCACUUGUUCAAAAGGUAAUUAAAUACGCCUCAAGCAUCCCGAGUUGCCGAGCAGUUUAUUUGCAUGUAAUUUCAUACAAUAAUACUGCUAUCAAAUUCUACAAGAAAAUGUCAUUCAAGUGCCUACGAAGACUGUCGGGCUUUUACUUUAUCAAUGGCCAGCAUUAUGAUUCUUACCUGUUCGUCUACUACGUGAAUGGUGGUCGGUCUCCAUGCUCUCUAUUAGAGGUUGUGAGUUUCAUGGUGAGUUAUUUAAGGGAUGGUAUAAAGUGUGUAACUUCAAGGCUGAGGAAGAAUGAGAAAAGGAAGGUGUCAAAAUGGCCCAAAUGUAAAGAAUCUCACAGCCUUAUAUCGAUGGCACAGAGCAAGAGAAAUCUGGUGGUCGAGAGCAGUGGAUAUGAAUGUGUUUAAUUUGAUGAUAUGAUGUGAAGCACCGAGAAGGAAACCGCUCACUGUUCGCGCCUACUCUUCCUUCCUUCUACUCUUUAUAAUUUAUUGUAGUUUAAAACGUAUAUAUAUAUAUAUAUACUAAUGUGAUGAUAGUCUGUUCUCAAAUGUAAUAAACUUUGGUGAUGUUUAAUAUGAAAGUGAGCCUUAUGCAUCC